CCGCUUAAGCGCAUAGGCCAAAAUUGCGAAGUCACAGUUCAGCGCUUAGUCGGCUUAGUGCUGCGAAACCCACGUAUAAUUUUCCGAGAGAAACCAAAAAGGUUAUUUAAGCCAAAAUCCUUCCAACUUUGACGAUGAGUAUUAUGCUAUCAUUUUCUCGGCGCCUGAACUCCUAUCAUCUGCUCAAUCAAACUCAAUUUCUCCGCCGAUUUUCUGCUGAUGUUUAUCCACCGCCGGGAAUCAAAUCGGAGAGUCAGAAAUCGGUGGAAGUCCAAUUUUUAGAUAAUCUUCAGAAAAUCCCGCAACAUGAUUGGGUGUCGAGCGAGUCGCUAAGUUCGCUUCUAGCAUCUUCUUCCUCUGUUUCUCCUCUAGUAUUCUCUCAAAUCACACGGCGGCUGGGAUCAUACUCUCUGGCAGUUUCGUUCUUCGAGUAUUUGGAUGCGAAAUCUCAGUCUCUAGAACGGCGCGAAGAUGCUCUCUCCUUGGUGUUUCAGUCGGUUAUCGAAUUCGCCGGUAGUGAACCAGACUCGCGGGAUAAGCUUCUCCGGCUCUACGAGAUUGCCAAAGAGAAGAAUAUCCCGCUUACCGUCGUUGCCACUAAGCUUCUCAUCCGGUGGUUUGGGCGUAUGGGAAUGGCAAACCAGUCGAUUCUUGUAUACGAACAACUCGAUUCGAAUAUGCAAAACACGCAAGUUCGAAAUGUUGUGAUCGACGUCCUGCUCAAAAAUGGACUUGCGGAUGAUGCCUUCAAGGUGCUCGACGAAAUGCUUCGGAAAGAAUCAGUUUUUCCUCCUAAUAGAAUUACGGCUGAUAUUGUUUUCCAUGAGGUUUGGAGGGGAAUGCUUUUGAAAGAAGAUGAGAUUAUUAGGUUGAUUUCAAGAUUUAGCUCCCAUGGCGUUUCCCCAAGCUGUGUUUGGUUGACUCGGUUUAUAACUAGUCAAUGCAGAAAUGCUCGCGUUGAUGUAGCUUGGGAGAUUUUGAGCGAUCUGAUGAAGAACAAAGCCCCGCUUCAAGCUCCUUCCUUCAAUGCGCUUUUGACAUUCUUAGGAAGGAAUAUGGACAUUGGUAGAAUGAAUGCCAUAGCUUUAAAGAUGGAUGAGAUGGAAAUUCGGCCUGAUGUAGUAACUUUGGGGAUUCUUAUCAACACUUUGUGCAAAUCAAGGAAGGUGGACGAAGCUCUCCAAGUUUUUCAACAAACGUGUGGAAAGAAAACUGAUGAUGGAAAUGUGAUUAAAGCUGAUUCCAUUCAUUUUAACACUCUCAUCAACGGGUUAUGCAAGGUGGGGAGGAUGAAAGAAGCGGAGGAGCUAUUGGCAAGGAUGAAAAUGGAAGAGAAUUGUGUGCCAAAUACAGUUACUUACAAUUGCUUGAUUGGUGGGUAUUGCAUAGCGGGACAGCUUGAGUCGGCUAAAGAAGCUGUUUCUCGGAUGAACGAGGACGGGAUUAAACCGAAUGUGGUCACUCUUAAUACAGUUAUUGGUGGAAUGUGCAGGCACAAUGGAGUGAACAUGGCGGUUGGUUUCUUUAUGGAUAUGCAAAGGGAAGGCUUGAAAGGUAAUGUGGUUACGUAUAUGACACUGAUCCAUGCUUUUUGCUGCGUCGGUAACGUAGAAAAGGCUAUGCAUAUGUUUGAACAAAUGUUGGAAGCUGGUUGUUCUCCUGAUGCAAAGAUCUAUUAUGCUUUGAUCUCUGGGUUGUGCCAAGCUAGAAGAGAUCAUAACGCAGUGAGAGUGGUGGAGAAACUGAAACAAUCAGGGUUUUCUCUUGAUUUAUUGGCUUACAACAUGCUUAUUGGGUUGUUUUGUGAUAAAAAUAACGGAGAGAAAGUCUAUGAGAUGCUAACCGAUAUGGAGGAAGCAAAGUUGAAACCGGAUUCCAUCACUUACAACACUCUGAUUUCGUUUUUUGGCAAACUCAAGGACUUCGAGAGUGUUCAGAAAAUGAUGGAGAAUAUGAGAGAAGAUGGGUUAAACCCGACUGUCGUGACAUAUGGAGCGAUAAUCGAAGCUUAUUGCUCAGCUGGGGAUACAAACGAGGCAUUGAAGCUAUUCAAUGACAUGGGUUUGCACUCCAAGGUCAAUCCAGACACUGUGAUAUACAACAUUCUCAUAAACGCAUUUUGCAAGCUUGGGAAUUUCGGAAAAGCACUGUCUCUAAAAGAGGAAAUGAAAGAGAAAAUGGUGAGACCGAAUGUUGAAACAUACAAUGCCUUGUUCAGGUGUCUUAAGGGGGAAAACCAAAAGGAGACGUUGUUUAAACUGAUGGAUGAGAUGAACGAGCUGUCAUGUGAAGCCAAUCAGACCACCUGGGAGAUUCUAAUGGAGCGUCUCACAAGUUCUGAUGAUUUGAUUAAGCUGAAAAAGUCUUUGCAAGGUUACUCUGUUGCCUCUCCGAUCGAGAAAGCUUCACCUUUCAAUGUCUUUAGCUUGGGAUAAUGGUUCAGUUUCAGUAACCUCUACCUCGAUUCUUUGCUACUUUUAUACAAUUACGCAAUCGUUAGUUUAUUGUGCAAUUGUAAUAACCGAACAAAAAGGAAGAUAUUCCUUUGUUUUGUAAUUUUAGCAGUUAAGGUGAAAUGCAUUUCUACC